UCCUGCCCCGGGUCCGUGUCCGGCUACUGCCCCGGCUCCUGCUCCGGGUCCGUGUCCGCUCUGCUGCCUCCUUCUCCGGCUCCUUCUCCGGCUCCUGCCCCGGCUGCUGCCCCGGGUCCGUGUCCGGCUGCUGCCUCCUUCUCCGGCUCCUUCUCCGGCUCCUUCUCCGGCUCCUUCUCCGGCUCCUGCCCCGGCUCCUUCUCCGGCUCCUGCCCCGGGUCCGUGUCCGGCUACUGCCCCGGCUCCUGCUCCGGGUCCGUGUCCGCUCUGCUGCCUCCUGCCCCGGCUCCUGCCCCGGCUCCUGCCCCGGCUCCUCCUCAGGUUGACCGUAUGGACGGACUGCCAGCGGCGACCAUGGAGCUGAAGCCGUGCAUCGAGUACCACGACCUGGAGGCUGCUGAGGCGCUCGUCAGCAUGAGCUUCUGGGGUCAAAGGUCACACAAACCCCGCCCCCUGACUCCAACCUCUGACUCCUGUGACUCCAUCCAGCUCCAUCCGGAGGGAGGAGACUCCCCCAAAGACCUGAUCGCUCUGUCGUCACUGUGUAUGACUCCACCUCACAGUCCGAGCUUCGCUGAGUCCUCCACCACCCCCGCACUGAGCCCCGCCCCCAGACCAGUCUUACCCCACCUGGCGCUGUGCAUAGGCCCCGCCCUCCUCAGUGACUCCUCCUCCCUCUUCCCCUCGGACACCUCAGCACUUUCACCUCACACGGAGUCUUCCUGUGUGGCUCCGCCCGGCAGAGCCAUGGCCACCAGCGUCAUCCGCCACACCGCCGACAGCCUCAGCAUUCCUCCUCCUCCCCCUCCGCCUGCCCCCUCCUGCUCCCCGCCAACAGAAACGCCUCCUCAGCCAGGACUUCUAGAGACGCCUCCAGAGGAGAAGGGUGGACGUCCUCUAUCUCCUGACAGCCAGUCUUGUCCUCCCUCCCCAGUGUCUCCUCCUCACUCCUCCCAAGUGUCUUCCUCCCUCUCCUCGCCGGUCUCUCCCUCCCCGCUGCUCUGUCAGGUGAUCCCGGUGAGCGGCCGGACUGGGAUGAUCUCCGCCUUUGUCCAAGCUCCAGUUCAAAUGCAGACCCAGGGGGGGCCAAAGCCCCUCCUGCCCCAGUCUCCUCCCAGUUUCACGCAGUCUCUGCUGUUGGGCUCGGCCAUGCCACAGGGGACCGUGAUGUUCGUGGUCCCUCAGUCCUCUGUCUCCCAGCCGCCACACGGCCCGCAGACCAUCAUGACCCUGGGCAACACCAAACUGCUCCCGCUGGCCCCGGCUCCAGUUUACAUGCCGCCAGGAGCGAGCGGCGCCUCGCAGGCCGACUUCUCACGCAGGCGAAACUACGUCUGCAACUUCCCCGGCUGCAAAAAGACGUAUUUCAAGAGUUCCCACCUGAAGGCUCACCUGCGCACACACACAGGUGAAAAGCCGUUCAGCUGUCACUGGGAGGGAUGUGACAAAAAGUUUGCCCGCUCUGACGAGCUUUCUCGCCACCGAAGGACGCACACUGGCGAGAAGAAGUUUGUCUGCAACGUGUGUGACCGGCGCUUCAUGCGCAGUGACCACUUGACCAAACAUGCUCGGCGGCACAUGACCUCCAAGAGGGCGACCUCUUGGCCCGCCGAAACCGGAGACCUCAACCGAGUGGCCCUGCCCACGGUCCAAAACAGAGGCCCUGCGCUUCCAGUCGGCGUGCUCAUUCCCACCGCCAACUAACAGACUCAGGAGCCCACAGGGCCGACUCAGGACCCCAGGAGGGGUGGGGGGGUUGGUUCAGUCCGCUCCACCCGUCACAUCAGGACCCUCAUUUCUACUCCACACCUCAAUCGGCCAGUGAACACGUGACGACGACCGGGCCCCGGCUACGUUUAUACACACCACAGAACAGGGUCAAACUAUCACAGCUCGUUAUUACAGUGAAACUCAACCUUUCUGAGCUUAGCAGCAUCGGCCAGACUCACCAGCUCCCCCUGAGGCUGAAACAUUCAAUACACUCCAAUUACUAAUAACUCUGACUCUUCUUCAGUAAAACGCACAGAGAACGUCAGGAGAUUGUAAACACUCACAAAUACCAAGAUACUGUGACUGCAAACAGUUCAUGGUGGGUGACGCCAAGCUUUCUGGCUACUGUGCUAAGCAUUAGCUCACCAGCUACUGUACACGAACAUCAAGGUGUGUUCAUGCCACAUAUGAUUAAGAAUUACCAGCUGUAGUAAUCAAGUGUUUUUGUAACCUGGUUAAAAUGUAAGUUUAGUUCAUGUAGACGUAGCUGGAGCCGCCAGCGGACGACAGAGCGAGUUUCCCGCCCAGCUCAGGACAUUUUCUUCCCACAAACUCACUGAGGAGGAAGAGGAGGAGGAAGAGGAGGAGGAAGAGGAGGAAGAAGAGGAGGACGCGAAGGCGACAGGCUGCUAUUCAUCCACGGACAGAAACCAACAAAAACCUGACAUUGCACUGGAUUUUUUAAAUCUUGCUUGUUUUUGUAUUCUCUCCGUGUAUAAUCAUGUUUACUACAUGUGUAUAUGUCAAGUGUAGCAAAAUGUAUGCACUCGUUUUGUUUUUUGCCAAAGCCUCUGUAUUGUGCUUCUAUCGUUUUGUUUGUCUGUGACUGUAAAUAAUGUAAAUAUAUUGAUAUCUAUAUCAAUGUUAUGUGUAUUCCAAUCUGCAUUUAUUGACAGUACGAGUUAUUGAUAUUUUUGAAAUGUCAGUGGACAGUAUUCCUCACUGUGAUACUACCUACUAUCUUUGCUUUACACAAUAUUAUUCUUAUUUAAUAAUUAUAUGUUGAGGAAAAAGUACUGUUUUUGAUAGCUUGAUUUGGCCCAUAGUGUAGCCAGUAAGAAAAUACCUCAUGUUAUUAAAUGUUAUUCUUAAUAAUAUCGACUUUUCUUGGAAUAAUCCCAUUUCUGAACAUUUGCCUGUAAGCGAUGGUGAAGAAAAUGGCUUUUAUAAUAAAAACGUACCUCCAUCAUAA